ACUCUCCAUCACCUGCGCGCGCGCACCUGUGGAUCAGCUGCUGUUUUUGGGGGGUUGUUGACUGAAAGUGUGGGGGAGGUGAGCUACCGUUGAGCGCAGGUAACAGGUCAGUUAUUUGAAUGGAAAGAGUUAAGGAUGAGGGUCUAGCAUGGCUCCAGCACCCACCUCUCAGGGAUGGCUUUUAGCCGCAUCAGGAUCGUGGACUCGCCGACCAGAGGCAGGAGAGCCGCGGUCAUGCUGGGCUCCAUCCUCACCUCCCUGUUCUUCCUCUACUGUCUUGCCGACCGCUGCUCCACCGCCUCCUUGCCCAGAAGCUCAUCCUCCAGACUCUACGAUGACCUGAGAUCGCUGAGGACCAAGCGGCUCAUGUUCGAGGAAGUGGAGGGCUACGCGGCCAGCAGACGCUCCUCCCGGGCGCUGGCGGAUGAGAAAGCCGGUGGUGUCCCGGAGCUGCCCGGAGAGUCUGGUGUACUCUCAUCCCUCGGGAAGGUGUCGCCCAGGUUCGCCGGGAACGUGAGUCCACUCGGGGAUGGAAGCAAGAAGCUGCCUCAGGCUCUGAUUAUCGGGGUGAAGAAAGGAGGGACCCGCGCCCUGCUGGAGUUCCUGCGGGUUCACCCGGACAUCAGGGCCGUGGGAGCAGAGCCGCACUUCUUCGACCGCAACUUUGACAAUGGGCUGGAGUGGUACAGGGAUUUGAUGCCCAAGACACUGGAGGGCCAGAUCACCAUGGAGAAAACUCCCAGCUACUUUGUGACCAAAGAGGCUCCAGCGCGGAUCUCAGCAAUGUCUCGCGACACCAAGUUGAUCGUGGUGGUGAGGGACCCGGUCACCAGAGCCAUCUCAGACUACACACAGACUCUGUCCAAGAAGCCCGACAUCCCGUCAUUCGAGAGCCUCACCUUCAAAAACAGGACUACGGGUCUCAUCGACACGUCUUGGAGCGCCAUCCAGAUCGGCAUCUACGCCAAGCACCUGGACAACUGGCUGCAGUACUUCCCCAUGGAGCAGAUUCUGUUCGUCAGCGGAGAACGGCUGAUCAGCGACCCGGCUGGGGAACUCGGCCGAGUACAGGACUUCUUGGGCCUGAAGCGGAUCAUUACUGACAAACACUUUUACUUCAAUCAAACCAAGGGAUUCCCCUGCCUUAAGAAGGCGGAGGGCAGCAGCAAGCCGCACUGUUUGGGCAAAACUAAAGGGCGGAUCCAUCCCAACAUCGACCCAGAGGUGGUCCAGAGACUACGGGACUUUUAUAGACCCUUCAAUAUGAAGUUCUAUCAGAUGACUGGGAGGUUCUUUGGCUGGGAGGAAUGACUGUCAGGAAUAUAAGCCAUUUAAGAGAGAAAGUUUUUAGAGACAAUUCAGUUUCAGAAACAGAACAUCCACUCUCCGAAAAAAAAUCCACUGUUAACACUGCCAUCAUUGCUGUUUGAAAAUGGUAACCGAUGUGUUACCAUUUUCCAAUCUUUCUCCACCAGUCAGCCACAGCAUUACGUUUGGGUCGGGCCCUAGACAGGACCUGGUCAGUGUCUAUCAAAGGUGUUCCAUGGAAGACAAGCCAUAGGGUCUGGUCCAAAUAUGGUAACAGUUCUGAGUGACCAUGAGUUGGGGCAACAUACAGGCUCCCUGACCAGGUCACGUGGUUCUUAGAUUUUUGAUUGAUUUAUGGUUCUGCUUUUCUAUAUAUUAUGUAAUUUGAGACUUAAGACUGAGACAGCUCACCUUUUGUGUCUUGAGUUGUAUUUAAUCCACAACACCUUAUCAGAAUUUUUAUGCAGUUUUUGUAGCUCAACCACUGGAUCAGACCACAAACAUUCUCGAUAAAUUUGAACAUUUUAUCAAAUUUGAACUUUUGAUAGUUGCUGACCACUGCGGACUUUGGGGGUGUAGGGGUCUUGGUGGCAACAUGGCAUGAAUAGAAAUGAAGGCAACCUCAGCAAUAACCUGGGACUCCGCCGUGACUCAUCGAAUAUGCAAUAACUUUCACUUUGGAUUUCAACAUCAUGAAGAUGUGUAUUUUUGAUCAACGCCGCACUUCCAGAUUUAUGUGUUUUUUAGAAGACUGAGACGAGAUGUUGUGUUUUUGCUUUCUUGCUUAGGGAAACAACAGAGUGUUUGGAUUUUAAGAAAAAGCCUUUGCUGAGUGACUAAAUGCCAUAUUUUAAGCAGAUUUUAACCUUUUCUAGCGAGAAGACUAUAAAUGAAAAAGUAUAUGUAUUUUUCAAAGUGUAUUUAUUCAGAACAAGUUGUGUAUUUUUGAUUAACUGUUUGCUUUCUCAAGCCUCUAUCAUUUGUUUUGUUUCUGACGCUAAAACCUUGAUUGAAUUUGAGUCGCGUGAUCUUUGUCUCUGUACACAGCGUGAAGACUUUCAGUUCUAACACUGUUGUUUCUGGAGUUGUUUCCCACCUUGAGCUACUGAGGUGGCCCACGCACACAGCUGUUCCAGGUGAAACAGCGACUCCAGCAACUAACCUUUCUGAAGUCAGACUCCCCAAACCUGCUUCACAAAUGUCACCAUCCCUUUAAACUCCGUCCAUGGAAAUCCAGAGAGCGUUGAACUGGGUUGUGUUCCUGUUUUCUGUCUGCUUGUUUUGUGAGCUAGUGGAAAGCAGAUGUGCAUCAAACUGUCGUCUGCUACAUCAGAACCAACUUCAGCGCAUGUUUUUGAUACCAGGAUCUCGAUACAAUCGACCUGUGCUGUUGAGAGAGUUGACAUGUUUUGGAGGCAGCGCUUGAA